UAAUUUCCACACUGUCGUUAAUCUCACGCUUUCACUAACCUUCAUCUUCAACAAUCUCUACACAAUCGAAAGCUACAUCUCAAAAUUAGGGUUCAAUUUUUCUUCAUCCUUCGAACCCUAAUCUCAUCAAUUAGGGUUUCCACGUAGUUCAAUUCAUCUCCACACUUCUUGAUCGCACAUUCCUAUUUUCUUCGUAACAAAAUUUCAAUCUCUCGCACAUUUUUGAUUUGAAAUCCCAAUUCAAUUUGUGAAACCCUCGUUUCUUCAAAUUGAAACAAAAGAGAGUGUCUUAGAGAGGUUGAUUUUCCGAUUCUAGUUUCAAUUCGGAAGAAACGAUCGAGUUUUUUCAGGAAUUCAGUUAUUGAUUUCUAUGGAUUUCGACGGUGGUAACAAGCGCGUUUAUAACCGACUCGGUGGUUCUACCGGUGGCGGUGAUUCAAGGAAUCAGAAAGUGUGUUUUCAAUGGCAAGCGGGGAAGUGUAAUCGUUAUCCAUGUCCAUUUUUGCAUAGUGAGUUACCUACUUCUAAUGGUAAUGGUGCACCUUCAAAGCGGCCUUAUGCUGAUAAUAAUUCGGGUUUUUCGGGGAACCGACGUGGUGGUGGUUCCAGUUUUAAUACAUGGGGGCCAGGGCGUGGUGGUGGACGUGGUCGCGGUGGUGGACGUGGUGCUGUUGGAAGUGGUGGUAGGGGUGUUGUGAAUGUUGAAAAAGUUUGCACUUAUUGGAUUCAAGGAACUUGUAGUUAUGGAGAUCGGUGUAAGUUUCUUCAUUCUUGGAGUUUAGGGGAUGGCUUUUCUUUAUUGACUCAGCUUGAAGGACAUAAGAAGGUUGUGAGUGGAAUUGCUAUGCCUUCUGGUUCGGAUAAGCUUUAUACUGGAAGUACUGAUGAGACAGUAAGGGCUUGGGACUGCCAGUCUGGACAGUGUAUAGCUGUGAUCAACCUUGGUGGUGAAGUAGGUUGUAUGAUCAGUGAAGGUCCCUGGCUUUUUGUAGGCAUACCCAAUUUUGUUAAGGCCUGGAAUACACAAAAUUCCACGGAGAUAAGUCUAGAUGGCCCUGUUGGACAAGUUUAUGCACUUGUUGUGAUUAAUGAUAUGCUAUUUGCCGGUACGCAGGAUGGAGCUAUACUACUAUGGAGGUUUAAUGUAGCUGCCAACUGUUUCGAGCCUGCUGCAUCGCUGAAAGGCCACACACGUGGUGUUGUUUCAUUGGUUGUUGGAGCUAAUAGACUGUAUUCUGGUUCAAUGGAUAAUACUAUUAGAGUGUGGAACAUUGAAACUUUGCAGUGUUUACAGACACUGACCGAGCACACAUCUGUUGUGAUGUCCGUUCUUUGCUGGGAUCAGUUCCUUAUAUCUUGUUCAUUAGACAAAACAGUGAAGGUGUGGUUUGCUACAGAAACUGGAAAUUUGGAAGUGACAUAUACUCACCCUGAAGAACAUGGUAUACUCACCCUCUGUGGGAUGCAUGAUUCACACGGCAAGCCCAUAUUGAUGUGCUCUUGCAAUGAUAACACUGUUCGCCUCUAUGAUCUGCCAUCAUUUGCAGAGAGAGGUAAAAUAUUCAACAAACAAGAAGUGCGGGCAAUUCAGACCGGUCCUGGUAGCAUAUUCUUCACCGGUGAUGGUACCGGCCAAGUGAGAGUGUGGAAUUGGAUACCUGAGCCAGCGGCUAAUAGCACCCAAUAAAGUGGCGCCCACUUAUAAUGUGUUCCAAUUAAUUGUUUCAGUAGUUUUUUUGAUCUUCCUUUUUGUAAUUUUUUAUCUGCAAGAAGGGAAUUCAGGGUGAAGUUGGGAUUGCAGAGUAAAAAGUAAGUGCUGAAAUGAAUCCUGGAUUCUCUGCAGCCAUUCAUUCAUGAACUGAACAGGCUGUACUGCAUCAGAGGAUCCUUCCGGGGUAGAGCAUUUUCAUUUAUCUGGGGUAGAACGAAAAGGAAACGUGUAAUCUAUGUUUGCGGGAUUAGUCUUGUUUUUUUAGAAUGUGAGAUGUGGUUUUGGUGUUAAGUGAGUAUCCUUGGCACAAAGUUUGCUUUAGUAGGCAUGCUAAUUAAGAAUGUAACAUUUUGCGAAAUUACAACAUUAUUUAGCAUUCAUGGCAUAACACCUUUUAAUGCGAAUAGCGUAUAUAUAUAUAACAUCAAGUAAUUUCAAGUUGCUUGGUAUUUACAAAGUAACCAAAGAUAUGUGUUUUGAAUUGUUCUCUAUUGUAUUUGGUUUUUCUUAGAAAAGUGGUGUAUUUACCUAUGGAUCUUGGAAAAGUGGUGUCUUUAACUAUUGAUUAAGAGUUUAA